AUGGAGAUGCGUAAAUGGCUGUUGUGCCUGGAGUUCAUCCUCCUUCUCAAAGAGUUGUGCCACUGUUUCAACAUUAACGUAAAGCAUCCUCGAAUCUUCACGGGUCCAGAAGACGCUCUGUUCGGCUUCUCAGUUCUACAGCAUGACUCAGACGGGGAGAAAUCAAUGCUUGUUGGUGCGCCCUGGGACGGACCACCCAACAAUAGAAAAGGAGAUGUGUACAAAUGCACUGUGGGAGAAGAGAGGAACUCGAACUGCAGCAAAGUCUAUUUAGGGGAAACUGCUCUCCAAAAUGUCUCCAAAAACCUGAGGAAUUCUCACCUGGGAAUGACCCUGACGCCGAACUCCCCUGAUGGCUUCCUGGCCUGUGCCCCUCUGUGGUCCCAGGAGUGCGGCACAUCUAUGUUCAGCACCGGCAUCUGCGCCUCUGUCAGCGACGACUUCCAGCCGAGAGAGAGUAUCGCCCCCACGGCUCAAAGGUGCUCCACGUACAUGGACAUAGUGAUCGUUUUGGACGGAUCCAACAGCAUCUACCCCUGGUACGAGGUCCAGAACUUCCUCAGCAACAUCCUCAGCAAAUUCCACAUUAGUCCUGACCAAAUGCAGGUGGGGAUCCUGCAGUACGGCGAGGUGGCGCUGCACGAGUGGUCACUGAAGGAUUACCAGACGACACAGGAGGUGGUAGAGGCGGCCAAGAACAUCAGCCGCCAGGAGGGACGAGAGACGCGCACCGCAUAUGCCAUCCACAUGGCCUGCACAGAGGCGUUCAGUGCAGAGCGAGGAGCCAGAGACGGAGCCACUAAAGUCAUGAUUGUUGUGACCGACGGAGAGUCUCACGAUGGGGAGGAGCUUCCGGAGGCUCUGGACGAGUGCAACAACCGUAACAUCACCAGAUACGCCAUUGCUGUUCUGGGACAUUACAUCCGCCGGCAGCAGGACCCUGAGACCUUCAUCAACGAGAUCAAAUACAUCGCUAGUGACCCAGACGAGAAAUACUUUUUCAAUGUGACAGACGAAGCCGCUCUCAACGACAUUGUGGACGCACUGGGAGACCGCAUCUUCACUCUAGAAGGAACACUGGGCUACAACCAAAGCUCCUUCCACAUGGAGAUGUCUCAGAUCGGCUUUUCCACACACAUACUGGAUGAUGGUAUUCUCUUUGGGAUGGUGGGGGCCUACGACUGGGACGGAGGAGUGCUAAAGGAGGGUGUGAAUGGACCCAUCAUGCCCCCCAGAGAAGCCUUCGAGAGCGAGUUUCCACUGGAGCUCAAAAACCAUGCUGCUUAUUUGGGUUACACGGUCUCGUCUGUGGUGGUGGGCGACUGGAGGACGCUGUACAUCGCUGGAGCCCCUCGGUUCAAACACAAAGGAAAAGUGAUUCUGUUUGAACUCAGUGAUGACGGAGAUGUCAAUAUUGCACAAGCGCUAAACGGAGAGCAGAUCGGCUCUUACUUUGGCAGUGAGCUGUGUGGGAUGGACAUCGACCUGGACGGUAUCACAGAUGUUCUCCUGGUGGCCGCUCCCAUGUUUCUGGGCUCUGGGAACAAAGAGGCUGGAAAAGUUUAUAUCUACACUCUUACUGCUGACGAGGUGUUUGUGCCCAAUGGGACUCUGAAUGCAGACCGCUCUCAGGAUGCCAGGUUCGGUUACACUCUGGCUCCGGCUUCAGACCUGAACCACGACGGCUUCACCGACCUGCUGGUGGGGGCCCCUCUGGAGGACGAUCACGCAGGAGCCAUCUACGUGUUUCAUGGACACCGCAUUUACAUAGAACACAAUUACAAACAGCGUAUUCCAGCUUCAGCGCUUUCUCCCUCUCUUCAAUACUUCGGCCGCAGCAUCAGUGCGCGUUUGGAUUUGGACGGAGAUGAGCUCAUAGACUUGGCUGUGGGCGCACAGGGCAGCGCUGUUCUGCUGAGCUCUCGGAGAAUUGUUCAGAUCAAUGUGAGCUUGUCCUUCCAGCCACAUUCGAUCAAUGUCAUCCAGAAGACGUGUCAGAGAGGAGGACGCGAGUCUGCCUGCCUCAAUGCCCUGGCCUGUUUCACUGCGGUCUCACACUCGCCUGGACCACAGAGCAACAACUUUGAGCUGUGGAUCAGUGCGAUGCUGGACGACCGGAAGGUGUCGGCUCGAGCUCUGUUUGACGACAGCUCCAACAGACAAACACAGCGCUCAGUCAGCGUCCAAACUGGAGAAACUCGCUGCUACACACUGCCUUUUCAUGUCUAUGACACUGCAGACUACAUCCGUCCGAUCAGCUUCACUCUGCGCUAUAAGAUCAAUGACACGGAGAGUGGCCCUGUGAUGGAUGAAGGAUGGCCCACUUCCCUCAAAAAACAUAUUCCCUUCUUCAAAGACUGUGGAGAGGAUGACGUUUGCACCACAGAUCUGGUGCUGAAUGCACAAAUGGACAUCUCUGGGUCAAGACAGAAGCCGUACUUGAUCCGCAGCCCUCGCAGACGUCUGUCUGUGGAGGUGCAGCUGCAGAACACGCUGGAAAACGCCUACAACACCAGUCUGACGCUGCACUAUUCUCGCAACCUGCACUUCUCCAGCCUCAGCAUCAGGGAGGACGCUUUUCUCAAAAUAGAAUGUACGGCGCUUACAUCCAACAGUCACUCCUGCAACGUCAGCUACCCAGUGUUCCGCUCCCAGUCCAAGGUGAAUUUCAUGUUGGAGUUUGAGUUCAGCUGCACGUCGCUCCACAGUCGAGUUCAGAUGAAACUUUAUGCCUCCAGUGACAGUGUGGAAAAGGAAGAGACUUUGGGCGACAACAGUGUCCAGCUGGUGAGCUUUGUCCAGUACGAGCCGGAUCUCUUCGUGAGCAGUGAUUCUAAUUUGAACCGAUAUGAGGUCCAUCCCACGCGGUCUGUGUCUGAAGCCAUCGGGCCAGAGUUCUACACACAUCUCAGGGUUCAAAAUCUGGGCUGUUAUUCUGUGAGUAACUUGGAGGUGAAGCUGCAUCUCCCAUCGGUGGCGGCGGAGGACAGAGUUUUCAUGACAGUCACUGACGUCUCUUCUUUUAAUGCCACUGGAGUUAACUGCAGUGUUGUCAGUAAUCUGGCUCAGCUUAAAGCCCGGCAGAGAGACGUGCGGCCGCUUCACCCUGAAGACAUGGUUCAGAAUGACAUACUGAACUGCAGCAGGUCGUGGUGCACAGAGGUCAGAUGUGAAGUGCAGCAGCUGCUGAGAGGAGAGGCUGCAGUGAUCCGGGUCAGCCGCAGGGUCCACGAAGACUUCUUCAGAAGUGCAAAGUACAAGUCGGCGAGGAUCAUAGGAGCCUACAACGUGGCUGCUCAAGAAACUAACCUCAUUACACUGGGGACUGGGACCAUCUGGAGAGAGACGGUUCUGGAGGUGCUGAAGGGGAGAGCCAUUCCCAUCUCGCUCUGGAUACUGAUCGGAAGCAUCAUCGGAGGCUUACUACUACUGGCACUGAUCACAUUUAUACUAUGGAAGCUGGGAUUCUUCACCCGGAAACAAAGAGAAGAGGAUGAGAACCAUGAGGACUGA